AUGGUGUCCUGGUCUUAUGAUGUCCGUCACAUUAUAGACAAAAGCUCAGCAAGAAUUCAUCGGGUUCGCAGGUCGGUGGAUCGAGGACCUAUUCGUCACGGCUUCAAGGAGCUGACACGACUUCGUCGACUGCAAUCAGGAGCACAGCGUCGGGUAGCUGAGGCUGAGGCGAAGACACAGGCUUCAGAAUUGAGAGUUGCCAAUCUCGAGUCAGAUCUAGCCAGCUUGCUCACUCGGCUCAAACAACCAUCGCCGGAUGAGGUAGGAUCUGCUUUUUUAAAGUAUGAGCAGACAUAUCACAGUUCGUUGUUUGUCAUCCAAUUAACCGCAUGCUAUCUGGCAACGUGUCUGAAAGUAUAUGUACCAUAUUCUGAUAUUCUAAAUUCCACAUUACAGGGAAAUUUCUGUGGGUACUAUGCAGAUUUUCAAACUUAA